UAUAUAAAAGAAACACAACAGGCGGCCGAGAAAAACGCCCGCGCUGAUAGACAUUAGAUUUUUUUUUUUUAAUAUAUAUACAUUUUUUAUUUUAUUUCUUCAGAACUGACAAUGGCAGUUCCUGUCGCUGCUCUCCAGCUGAGCUCUCAACACAAUCUUCGAGAUUUGGGAAGGGUCCCACAUGACAGCGAGAGCGACACUCUGCCUCUACAUUCUUCGUGGACUUUCUGGCUUGAUAGAUCUCUCCCAGGGACGACAGCAGCCGAAUGUGAAUCAAACUUGAAGAAAAUCUACACUGUAGAGACCGUCCAGAGCUUUUGGAGAGUUUACAACAAUAUACCCGGUGUCUCCAGUUUGCCCUUAAGAUGCAGCUAUCAUCUCAUGAGAGGGGAAAGGAAGCCUCUGUGGGAAGAAGAAAGCAACGCUAAAGGCGGCGUCUGGAAGAUGAAAGUGCCCAAAGAGUGCACUCCUUCAGUGUGGAAGGAGUUGCUGUUGGCCACAAUCGGAGAACAGUUCAGCGACUUCUGUGCCUCAGAGGAUGAAGUUGUUGGGGUCAGCGUCAGUGUUCGAGACAGAGAAGAUGUGGUUCAGGUCUGGAACGAAAAUGCCUUCUGCUCCAACGAGUCAAACGUGCUUGAAAGGAUCUACCAGCUCUUGCCACAGAUUUCUUUCAAAGCCGUGUUUUACAAACCCCACAAGGAGCACCACGCCUUUGAAGGAGGCCGAUCUCGACACUAGCACGCUUUUGCACGCCAAACCUUUCGAGGUGUACAGUGUUCCUCUCUGCUGAUGAAGGUGUUUCGGGUCAUGGCGCUCAGGCAAACCACAGCGGUUGAGUUAGUCCUCAUGAGUACCUCAAUCCAGCUUAGGCUGUCACAUGAUUCAGACAAUUGAGACAUCACUUUUUUCUGAAAAGUACUUUUCAUGACGAAAUACUAUUUUAGUCAAACUGUUUUAGCUUUGUUUUAUACAGUGUUUUAUACUGGAGUGUUUUACAAAACCAAAAAUGAAAGCUUUUUCCUUCUCUUUUUCUCCCCCCUAAGUUACAUUCAAAUGACAUGAUUGUGCAAUUGAGUAUAGUUACUGAGUAAAACAGAUUUUUUUAAAUUCAAAUGAAUGCACAAACAAACCUAUAUGGUGUUGUUGGCUAAAAGUUUUCUCUCAUUUUAAUUUGAAUUUCAGACACUUUUUUUACGUGAACGAAAGUCUCUGUUUUAUCUUAAGCCUAGCAUUAAAACAAAAUAUUGCCCAGUUUUAUUUUGCCUUGUAGGACAAACUGGAAAGGAUAAAAAAAUUCACGAUUAUUGUUGUAAAAUUGAUUUUGUUGCCAAAAAAAAAAAAAUGAGGAAGAACUGCACUCAUUUUUUCAGAUUUGCACAUCAUGUUUAUAUGCAACUGUUUUUGUUAGCAUUUCUAAUUAUCUAAUUAAGUAAUGAAUCGAAUUGUCUUUGUUUACUUUGUGUUAUUUGGUAUCAACUCAAACACAACAGUGGCCUUUUUUUGUUUUUAUUUGACCUAAAUUAAAAUCGAUGAUUCUGGCUCCCCUCCAAAAAAAAAGAGAGUAACAAAACGGUUUUGGACAAAGUAAAACAGUUUUCCUCUUCAUUUUUAAGGCUGAAAAUGUUAUUUUCAGUGCUACUUAUGACAUAUGAAAAUCAUAAUAGGGAAAUCUGUUUAGUUUAAAAGGCUCCAUAGAUCCCUUCUUCUUUUUGUGCUGAUUAGGACCGCUGUAUUUCUUUUUUUUUUUACAACACUGUGGGGUGUUUGGAAGAAUCCUGAUAAUGCUGCUUUCAUUUAUCAAACCUAUUGUUUCUGGCAAUGAUGGCCCAGGCUACGGUUAACAACAGUAAACAUGUUUGUUUGUUUUUCUUAUGUUUUUGUGGUUCUGUAGUUAAUAUGACAUUAAAUGUGCAAACUCCAUUCCGCGUUCUUCUCUGAAGUCCAACGCAGUGGUAGUUCUGUGCCUUGUGUUAGUCAGUCAUUUGCACUGUUAGAAAUUCUCUGUUCAGCCUGUUGAAAUUGUGUACGUUUGUGUACAUUCACAGUAUAGUUGUGUUUAUCUCAAUUUUACACAUUUGAAUGGAAAAAUAAAGUUUAUGAAAGGUU